AUGGCUGCUCUGUGGACUCCCUCUCUGUUGAUCUCUGCCUGCAUGUUGGGAUGUUUGGGCCUGACCCCCCUUGCUGAGCGCCCUCAGCCCCACAACCUGCCCCCCUCGCUGGGCUUCAACAGCAGCGAUGGCAGCCUGUCUGUGGAUCUGCCCAUGGCGCUGAGGGUUUUCAGUGUGGACUACCACCAUGUGCAGGCCCCCUUUGAGAUCGUGCUGUGGAUCAUGCUGGCCUCGCUGGCCAAGCUGGGUUUCCACUGGUCUGGUCGAGUCCCAGCGGUCGUCCCAGAGAGCUGUCUUCUCAUCAUGGUGGGCCUCCUGGUGGGAGGGGUGAUCUAUGGCGUCCGUCACUCUGCUCCCCCGACUCUCAGUGCUGAUGCUUUCUUCCUUUUUCUCCUCCCACCUAUCGUCCUGGAUGCAGGAUACUUCCUGCCAGGGAAGUUGUUCUUUGAAAACCUGGGUACCAUCCUCUGGUAUGCAGUGCUGGGAACCUUGUGGAACGUGCUGGGCAUUGGCCUGUCUCUGUAUGGUGUGUGUCUGCUGGCCCAGAGCUCUCUGGGAGACGUCUCUCUGCUGCACUGCCUGCUGUUCGGCUCUCUGAUCGCUGCUGUCGACCCUGUGGCCGUGCUCUCCGUCUUCCAGGAGAUGCAUGUGAAUGAGCAGCUGCAUAUCUUGGUGUUUGGAGAGUCGCUGCUCAACGAUGCUGUCACUGUGGUGCUCUACAAGCUGUUUGAAUCCUUCCUCCGCUUGCCUUCAGUGACAGGGGUAGAUGUGUUGCUGGGUGGGUGCAGGGUGCUGGUGGUGGGCCUCGGUGGCCUGUUCGUUGGCCUCUUCUUUGGCCUGUUGGCGGCCCUCACCUCACGGUUCACGUCGAGAGCACAGGUCAUCGCCCCACUCUUUGUCUUCCUCUAUUCCUACUUGUCCUACCUGACCUCAGAAAUGCUUCACCUCUCUGGUAUCAUGGCCAUCGUGACCUGUGCCGUGACCAUGAAGCAGUAUGUGGAGGCUAACGUGUCAGAGCGCAGCAACACCAGCAUCCAGUACUUCCUGAAGAUGUGGAGCAGCGUGAGUGAAACCUUAAUUUUCAUCUUCCUGGGUGUGUCCACCAUACAGGAUGUCCAUAUGUGGAGCUGGCCCUUUGUCUGCUCUACACUGCUGCUCUGCCUCAUCUGGAGGGCCACAGGUGUUUUAUUGCUGACUGCUGUGGUGAACAAGCUGCGGAGGAACGUUGUUACUUUUCGAGACCAGUUCAUCAUUGCCUACGGUGGCCUGAGAGGGGCAAUCUGUUUCUCCCUGGUCUUCCUGAUUGAUGACUUCCCUAAAAAAAGACUCUUCAUCACAACAACCAUUGUAGUCAUCCUCUUCACUGUGUUUGUGCAGGGGAUGACCAUAAAGCCUCUAGUAGAGCUGCUGGAUGUGAAGAGGAAGAAGAGAGCUCUGCCUACUGUCAGUGAGGAAAUCCACAGCAGGCUUAUAGAUCAUCUUCUGGCAGGGAUUGAGGAUGUUGUUGGCUACUGGGGACAGCACUACUGGAAAGACAAGUUUGAGCAGUUCAAUAAGAAGUACCUGCGGCGUUUCCUGAUCCGUGAAGAUCACCAGGCUCGCUCCAGCAUCCUCAGAGUUUACCAGGAGCUUGAGAGAAGGGAGCAGAGAGGAGAUGAGGAGGCACCACCACUAGUAGACCCCCGCUCCCACAGCCGUCCUCUCCUGCCAGAGGAGAUGGACAGUAUCAGACGUAUCCUCUCCAGAAACCUUCACAACUUCAACAAUAAGCAGACGCCGGCUUACAGUAGACACACUCUCCACCAGGACGCCACCAUGGAGAGACCCAGGAGGCCCCUUUACAGACACCAGAGUCUGGGAGAAAGACACACAUAUAAUACAAUCACACACUGGCCACAGGGGGAGGGUGGGGAGUUCCAUGGAUCACACAGAGUGAGGACAGGACUCAGCAGGUCUCACACAGUGUGCUCCAUAAGCCCGAGGCCCGUCCUCCAGGACUCCGCAGCUCAGAGUGGGUCAGUAGAUCCAAAAGCCCCAACUGCCAGAGGAGACCAGGUCUGCCCACAACACCAGGCACGUAUGGCAAGAGCCCAGAAGAAACAGCUCAGCUUUGUUUUGGAGAAUGAGAAGCAACAAUAA